UUUGGUGUGGUAGUGUGAGAGUGAUACAUUAGUAUCUAUCAACUUCAAUCAUCGAGGAAACAUUUUUUGGUGGUUCAUCUCCAAAAAUGAACGACAUAGAUGUCUCAAGCCAAAUCCAGCAGAUGGUGAAGUUCAUUCGUCUGGAAGCGGAGGACAAAGCUAAUGAGAUUUUUAUCUCUACCGAAGAGGAAUUCGAUAUCGAGAAGUUGCAGUUGGUCGAAACUGAAAAGAAAAAGAUUAGACAAGAAUUCGAACGCAAAAAACGCCAAGUUGAAAUUCGAAAGAAAAUUGAGUACUCGAUGCAACUGAACUCUUCUCGGAUUAAAGUUCUUCAAGCUCAAGAUGAUGUGAUUAGUUCCAUGAAAGAAGCUGCAUCCAAGGAACUUUUGAAUGUGAGUCAUCAUCAUCAUUUUAGUCUUCAUCAUCAUCAUGAGUACAGGAGCCUUUUAAAAGAUCUCAUUGUCCAGAGUUUGUUAAGAUUAAAAGAACCUUCUGUCUUAUUGCGAUGUCGGAAACAUGACCUACACUUGGUGGAGCAUGUGCUAGAUUCAGCUGCACAAGAGUAUGCAGAUAAAGCAAAUGUUGAUCCCCCAGAGAUCAUUAUUGACAACCAAGUUUAUCUUCCACCAGGACCUAAUCAUCACAAUGUUCAUGAUCCCUAUUGCUCUGGUGGGGUGGUGUUGGCUUCUCGUGAUGGAAAGAUUGUGUGUGAAAAUACUCUUGAUGCACGACUUGAUGUAGUGUUUCGUAAAAAGCUUCCAGAGAUCCGAAAACAUCUCUUUGGACAAGUCAUUGCUUGAAGAUUUUGAUUGUAUUGAUUUAUUAUCUUGGAAUAUUUAUAUCUCGAUGCAUAAGUUUAUCUUUAACCUAUAAUAACUAUUGUGUCAUUGCUUUUGAGAUAUUAUUAUUAUUAUUAUCUUUUAAAUAACAAUAUUCGUUGGUAGUCCAUUUGUCACUAUACCGUGUAUGAUAAAUGGAAGUAUUCGACGUUCUAGAUUUUCUUUA